AUGACACCCACUUUCGAUGUUCAAAACUCUGCUGUCUCCGGCGAUGAUGGAGUAGCGCGUGAUGCUGCUUUUCAAGCGCUGAGCCCAUUCUCCGGAGCCUUCUCUCCUACACAAGUUCGAGAACAAAUGGUUGGUCCGAUUCUGAAUGGUCCACCAACGUCCAUUUGGAGGAGAACCACCAUUUCACAUUCGAAUGUUGACGGGUCCUUCUGCUUCCCAAUGGCUCGUUGUGAACCAUCUGCCGCUGGUAUGGGGACCACGAGGAUGGUAGCUCGACGAGAACGCAGAGAAAAUGCGCGCAAUUCUGGCUAUACAACAACAAUACCACAAACACCAGUAACUCCAUCAACCAAUUCGACCACCACUACUGCAGCAGCCGUCAUCCAUACCUCUACCAAUGAAACAAGUCCACAACUCCAACAGUUGAAUUUAUCAGACGAAGAGUUGAUGUGA